AUGCUUCAGAUCACUGAACUUUUAAUGUUUUCCAUCCUCUUCCUCUUAAUGGUGCAUUUUCUGAAGCAGCAAUGGGCACGUAACAAGUUUCCACCUGGACCAACUCCUCUUCCAAUUAUUGGCAAUCUUUGGCAACUGGAUUUUUCACUCAAGCGAGAGUCUUUGGCUCAGUUAACAAAGAGCUAUGGAAACAUCUAUACCUUAUGGUUGGGGACAUCACCCCUCGUUGUGUUGAAUGGCUACAAGGCAGUGAGAGAAGGAUUAGUGACUUGUUCAGAAGAGCUUUCUGCAAGAGCCCUCACACCUCUCUUUCUGAAUCUGAUGGGAGAAAAAGGUGUAUUUCUUACAAGUGGCCAUACCUGGAAGCAACAGAAACGCUUUGUCAUGAUGGUCCUAAGACAUCUCGGGAUGGGAACAAAGGAAUUGGAGGACCAAAUACAAGAAGAGGUCCAACAUCUUCUGAGAGUGUUUGCAAGCAAACAAGGAAGAGCCUUUGAACCCAGGAUCCAUAUUGUCCGUGCUGUGGAUAAUGUCAUAUGCUCUUUUUUGUUCGGCCAUCGCUUUCCCUAUGAAGAUGAGUCUUUCAACAAAUUGAUAAAAGCUGGCUCUUUGAUAGUUUACACGCCAUUUACUUUCUGGGGCAGGAUGUAUGACGCUCUCCCAGGGAUUAUGAAUCACCUGAAAGGACUUUAUCAAGAGGUCUUGGGAUGCAAUGACUUCAUACACAACCUAGUGAAGGAGGAGAUUCAAACCCACCAGGAAAGGCGGAAGGAAGGUGAUGAACCCCAUGAUUUCAUUGAUUUCUACCUGGUUCAAAUGGCAAAGACCAAACAUGACCCAACAUCCACGUUCAAUGAAGACAACUUAGUUCAAACAUCAGUCGAUCUGUUGCUUGGAGGAAUGGACACCAUGGCUACCACCUUGUGUUGGGGAUUCUGCUAUCUGUUGAACUGCCCAGAUGUUCAAGAAAAGAGCUACAAGGAAAUCAAUGCUCUUCUGGGACCUUCUCACACUAUCACUUAUGAGGACCGGAUUAAACUGCCUUACACCAAUGCUGUGCUUCAUGAGAUCCUGCGGUUCAGCAACACAACCGGCGUUGGACCCUUGAGGGCCUGCUCAAAGGACAUCACUGUGCUGGGCUUCUCCAUCCCAAAGGGAACCUUGGUCCUUCCCAACAAUCACUCUGUGCUGUAUGACCCCAAUUUCUGGGAAACUCCUUGGAAAUUCAACCCAAGGCACUUCCUCGAUUCAGAAGACAAUUUUGUCAGCAACAAAGCUUUCUUAUCUUUUUCAACAGGCCGUCGAACAUGUGUAGGAGAACCACUAGCCCAGAUUGAGCUCUUCCUAUUCUUUACUAACCUGAUCCGCACUUUCAAGUUCCAGCUGCCGGAGGGAACAAAGCAAGUCAGUUUUGAGUACAUCCUGGGAGGUACAAGGCACCCGCUCCCUUUUGAGUUUCAUGCAAUUCCACAUUAA